GGCUCACAGAUGAUCCACAGAAGACCAAGAUCUCAUUCUCAGAGAAGUCAUCUCUGUAUCUAAGGUAGAAGUUCUUGCAUUAAUAUCGAUUCAUUUUCAUUUCUUCUUGACUAAGAGGACCACCUCCCAUGGAUUGCGAUUGUCACUCAAUUUUGAGACUGAGACACCUUUAAUAAAAAAAAGAUAAAACCGUCUCAAAAAUAUACAAAUCUCAACAGGCCGUAUGAUGUCGAGAGGGCUCAAAAAUAUACAAAUCUCAACAGGCCGUAUGUUGUCUACAUCUUCUACUACUUCUUCAUUUUGAUUUUUGGGAAUUUUGUUGGCGGCGUGUAAAUUUAUUCAUACUUCUUUGUUCUUUUUAUCGUCAUCGACUUCGUCGGCGGCUUCACGUAUUUGUAAGUUGUACGUGAGUUAUGUGGCCUAGACAUACAUAGAGUUGUAGUCCACGCAUACCUGUUUUCAAUCAUGGCGUCGUGAAUUGUUUUCUUACUCCCGCUCGACGAGUGUGUGUGCGACCAUCACAAAGACCCUGAUUCGUACAUCGAUCAGAUCUACAGCGACAACGUAGUCUUAACUUUUUAUCGAGAUUCUCUGCGACAGCGACUGCCCCAGGAAGCGACUGCGAGAUGGGAUCUAUGGAGGAGAGCUCACGGUCGGCGGGCGAUUACGCGCGAUACUGGGAGAGCUUUCGCGCUGCUGUGCCACGACAGCGUGCUCGGUUGAAUGAUGAACACAAUGCAGGAUCCUCAGGAGGAACCGAACCCGCACGGCAUCAAAAUGGUGAUGGGUCGGCCGGCGCUUCUCAGGCGAACAAUCACUACGGCGGUUCCUCUUCCAGCACGAGCACUUCUGGCCGAAACAAGGCAGGCACCGGUGGCGCGAUUGCUGGAGCGACAGAGUGGGAUUUUUACCGACUUGGUGGAGAGGAAGAUUUUUCGCUGAAUCUAGAUCCCGUGAUAUUCCUGCCACCAGAAAGUAGUUCCAUCGAGGUGUUUUUUCUUCUUAUUGACGCCCUCGCGGCAAAGGGCUACAAGUGUAUAGCGGCACAACAUCCAUCCUCCAUUUACACGAUGGAAGACUUUGUUGCAGGCUUUGGCCUAUUUCUGGACCACAUCCAAGCACGGCGGUGUCACCUUUUCGGGGCGGGCUUGGGAGGCUAUCUAGCGCAAACCUACGCAACCAAAUCGCCGCGGAGAGUUGCGAGCCUCAUGCUCUGUAUUACUUGCAACGUUUCUCCUUAGAUUUUUGAUAUCCCCCUAUGCUGUUCGUUGAGGAAGUCACAGGCAGUUCCAGUUUCUCGUUGCAAGAUUAAGAAAACGUGGGUGCUUCUGUUUAACUGUUUUCUUUGUACUCCGAACUGCGCUAGAAGAUGUUUCGACGAGGCAAACGCCAUGACUCUCAAAACUUCCUUCAGGUAAUACUUUUAGCGAAACCCCUUACUCCUCGAUGGGUCUCGGGACUGGCAUGGUUCUUGGGCUCCUUCCAACAACAGCUCUGCAAGGUAUCGUCCUCCGAAACCACAUGCUUCAUGCGGGCACGCCAGAAGCUGCACUGGAGGUAGAGGAUGGCAAUCUAGAUCCAAAGCUUGGCCCAUUGAUGAAGAAGCGAAAUUUCAAUCGCCGGUGCGUGAGAGAGGCAGAAGCGUGGGUGGAAAGUACUAAAACUAAGAACUCUAACAUUUUAGAAGAACGAUUCAGCUUGGUUUUUAGGGUUUUUCUUUUUAGUCUUAACAUUCUGCAAAUGGAAAUUUCGUGGAGAAAAUCGAGAGAGAAUUUCUCCUUAUCCUUUUCAGCCAUACCUAUCCUUUUCAGCCAUACCUAUCGUAUCCUUUUCAGCCAUACCUAUCCUUUUCAGACAUAUUCGAAUGAAUCAAAUCCGAAUUUUCGUAGAUUCCUUGGAGCGGCUACCUCCGGAGCUUCUGACGAGCAAAGUUACCCUGGCCUAUGCUGCGGCUGCACUGGGGAGGCCUAAAACAGAGGACUAUCGCGUCUUGUUGCUCGAGUCGCUGGAUUUUAAGGAGUACGUUCCGACAGCACCGGAUGGCAGCCAGCAACUGCGGAAGCGGCACCCCUUUGCCAAGGUAAUAUUUGACGAAUACGAUGUUUCCUUCCAAAAGAAGUAGAAUGAAUACCCUUACACUACUAAAGUAGAUCAACAUCAUCAAGGUUCAUGCACUGACAACUUGUAGAGAAUACACUUUGACAUUGACUAUCACUAUGUCCGCGUGCGAUCGCUGUCAUGAUUCCUUUCCUUUACCAACUACGCUUCAGGUCGCGGAACAAAAGUAUGGAGGCUAUUAUCCUUUUCUGAGUAGCGCGGAAGAGACGACGAUUUUCAUCGAAGUGCAUCUUCGGAAUUGCGACUACUUCCCGAGCUUCGACUCGCCCAUCUCCAAGCAGGUACUAUCACCUAAGGACUACGUAAGUAGUUUGACUUUGCUCAAGUUUUGUAAGAAUUCAUCAAGAUGACUUUGACUUAGGGACGCAGUGGUGUUGAUGAUUGAUGCGAUCGCACUGGGAGAAGUAACUUCGGCAGUUCUAGAAGAAGACUCAGCUUUUUGUACUCUGUCAUUUUCAUACCUUUUCAACAUCAACAGAUGGUGCGUCCUCGGGCACCGCAUGCAGUGGCAGAAAUGGCGCCCUUUGCGCUCUCUCCACAAGAUGCGGAGGCUUCGAAUAGCUCCCACGGAGGUCUCGGCGUGCCGGAAGACAGUGGAACUGGAAUGGUACCUUUUGGCGGCAUCACUAGUGGGUUGGGCAGCGAGCAAAUAGGCAGUGGCUUUCAACAUGAGGCAAAGGACGAUCGUAAGCCCGAUGACAUGAUAGUUGAUGAAGAGGUUGUUCUUGAUCGACCUGCUGGAGUAGAGGGAAUGCACACCCGCAGUAUACCUGACCACUCCACCCCUUCACCAGACGCGAGGAGAGCGAGCUCUCCAGAAUUUUUCGCAAUUCAUAGCGAGGAUGAAGCUGAGGACACCGCGCCCGUAACCUAUCCCUGCUCAUCUCCGACACUGGGGCCAGCAGCGACAGAGCCUGCGAGCAAAAGCAGCAGCUGUAGUACUAAUGUUGAGCCACCGUCAAUGGCGAAGAGCACGAGAAAAAAAGCGUGUGUGGGCCAGCUCGCCGCAGUCGGGCAGCAGUCAACGGACGACAAGGAGCGAAACGACAACAUCAAGCCAUCUUCUUCAGCCUCGAGCAGCAGAGAAAAACCCGUUAUUAUGGACGUAGCCAGCUUUAUUGCAAGCGUGGAGCAAGAUAGCCCUAGGGCCAGUGCGGUCCAAGCACACGCGGACCCAAGUCCAGUUCUUACCCCUCUUCCUGAGCCCAUCCUAACUUCCACAGUCGAAGGCGAUCCAAAGUCGAAGAGCAAAAGCAAGAAGAAAAGAGCAAAGAAAUAG